GCCUUAGAGAAGCGACGUGAAAACGAAAGGCAAACUCUUUCAUAACUAAAGAUUCCUUUUAAUAUAGUAGUCAAAGAAAGUCAGCCGUUAAGACAGUUGACCGAUGAUGACGACAAAUGACGUCACCGUCAAGUUUGUCUUUCCUCCCUCUGUUUAAAUAGAAACCAAACCCACUUCGACUCACUCACACACACACACGAACACAUAGAUACAUAAACACAACAAGCAACUAAAACCACGCCAUGUAUGCACAUAUCAGGAGCUCCAUAGCGUUCGGCGAUACGUGUCCAUGUUUGCUAUACUCCGAGGACGUACUGGCUCCUCCUCUGCCGCAUGACCACCCUCACCACUUCCUACCACCGCCGCCUCUUAUGAUGAGCCACCACUCGCUAUUUACGGCCGAGGCAGUUUCAGGGUUUGGUUUCUUUGAUUCCAGCAUGAACGGUAGCGGUGGAAGCAGCGGCUGCGACUCGCCGAGCUCGAUGGGGAGCGGCGGAGAGAGUCUUAUGAUGCAGAGGAGUGUGAGUAGCCAUAAUGGCUUUUUUGGUAAUUUACCGACGACGGCCCACGGUUUCGUGAACGAUCAUGAUGGGCCAGUGAGACGGGCCCUAAGCGCCGGAGAUCUACCGAGGAGUAGCAGAAGAGAGAGCAGUGCGGUGUUGAGUGAGAGCAAUGCAAUAAUAGAAGGAAUGAACAAAGCUUACAAGUAUAGUCCCGAAGAGAAGAAAGUGAAGAUCGAUAAAUAUCGUAGCAAGCGAAACCUUAGGAAUUUCAAUAAGAGGAUCAAGUAUGAAUGCAGGAAGACAUUAGCUGACAGUAGGCCAAGAAUAAGGGGGAGAUUUGCAAGGAAUGAUGAGAUUUCACAAGAAGAACAAGUUGAUAUUAUUGAAGCCGUGGUUGGAGAUGUUGACACGUGGGCAUCUUUUCUUGAUUCUUUCUCUGCUAAUCACUUCCUUAAUUAGUCUCUUUUAAUUAUAUUUUAUGUCUUUCUCUUCUUAUAUAUGUUUAUAUGGCACUUUCAUUUGUUUUGGUUUGAAAGAUUUCUCCAUGUUGCCUAAACUCAUGUAGGUUUUGUGUGAGUUUUCUUUGUAAAUAAGUAACAUAUUUUGUAUUUUUAUUCGGAGUUCUUUGCUGAAUAAUCUAUAUCACAUGGCAUGGAGGGAGUUCGACACUUCCAACUCUAUGUUCUCAUC